AUGAAGGGAGCUACUCACAGGGUUGCUAAAAACUCUUCGACAGCCCACGACCGAUUUCGCCCUUCUUGGGGAUCAUCAGGUAGGCGCAGUCCCCGAGUUUCCAUCAACCUUAUUUGCAAACCAAUUAGGUUUUCAAAAGAGACUCAACUACCUGAUGAGCCCCAAGAAGGGCGAAAUCGGUCGUGGGCUGUCGAAGAGUUUUUAGCAACCCUUUGGCCCGAUAUCCGAGAUAUCGCAGUAUAUUUUCAUAAAGGAAACUUUGUUCAUCUUUCAAAAAAGCAAACUGCUGGCUACCUGUUCAUCAUCAUCAUCAUCGACAGCAUAAUAUCAGUGUUCAACACUGACGCUUCACUGUCGUACAACCUCGAUUUAUUUUGUGAAGAAAAGAAUAGAGGUGGGCGAGGAUGGACUACAAGCAUUCAGAGGUGCUUGCACCUACAGACACUGAUUCAGUUAAUCUGGAUAGAAACUGACAACAAAAACGCCAGUGACAUCGGUUGGCAGCCAUAUUGUGCAGCAUUUCCAACCAAGCGCACGAUUAGCACUGACAGCACCCAAGCUUUUUGUAACCCCUCUGCGAGGUCAAGGGUUGGCCACCUCUCUGCUCCCGCCACCCUUAACUGCGCACGGAAAACAGCACUCCCUGGCAAACAAUGGUUGGAUAUAUGUAACACAUGUCCCAACCAACGCAGCUUCUGGUGCCGGACACACCCUUCAACUGAAGUACCCGUUGCACAACCAAAAACUCGCUUUCGGAUUGCCUCGUUAUGGUUUAACCGAUGCCAACCGACACGUGCUAUGGUUCUGAGACAACAAUUUCUGAAGACGUCCCAGCUAUGCUGCUCGAACAGGCCAAGUCUCACAGCCAUACAACAAAACAGCCUGCACUGUAGCUUGAUACACACCUCCGUUGAGAUUCAAGGAUAUAUCACUUCUAUGCCACAGGUGUCCCAAAUUAGCAAACGCGUCCCAGGCCUUGCAGAUUCGUGCAUCGACCUCAUCUGUCACACUAUAAUUAGACUAAUACAACAUCUAAUCUACGUAAAAUGCUUUACAACUUCCAGUACCUCUCCCUGGAUUGUGAGUCGCGUGUUCAGUGACUGCAUGUCCAUGAGCAUGACGUUACACUAUGUAGGUACAGAGUGCAUACCAAAGGAGGGGAUGGCUGUGAUCAAUUCAUCCGAAAACAACUGCGCCUUCUCUUCGAAAAUGAAAACGAUGUUGUCUGCAUAUUCUAGAUCAAUAAGGUUUUCGUCAAAGGCUAUUUUAACACGACAGUUUUAG